AAUGUAAAGUUAAAACCCAGAGGAUCAAUAGAAAAUAGAGGGAUAUUUAUUAAAAACAAUUGAAAAGUAAGCAUAGCUUUAAGACGAAUCAGAUAAAAAUAUUGAAAAGAAUAAUUAAAUUUAUGCCAAAGAAUUAAUUGAAUAAGUCAAUGAUAAAGAAUUAUAAAGUGAAGACAGAAUUUGUUUAGGUAUUCUCACUAAUGAAUUAGGAACUGAUAUUAAAAGAUUUAAAAGAGAAUCGAUUGAUUAAUAAUAAAUAAAUAUUCAAGAUAAAUAAUAAUCAAUUUUAAAAUCAAAAAUUAUUAUCAAUAAAUAAAACUAAUUCAUUUUAGUACGAGAUGAUAAUUACUAUUUAAAAUAAAUUGACAAGAUUUUAUUCAUCUAAAGAUUUAUUAAAUAUAAACUUAAAAAGGAAAGAAUGGAAAUGAUUGAAAAAGAAUAAUAAGCAAUAUAAAAAAUGAACAGAUAUAGAAUAAAUGUGUUAAAUGAGUUAAUUUAAACAGAAGACAAGUAUGUCACUGAUUUAAAUAGUUUGAAUAUGAUUAAAGCUUUAUUAGUUGAAAAAUUUCCAAAAAAGCAAGAUGAUAUUAAGAUCAUGUUUAAUAUUGAUGAUAUUCUCAAAUUUAACACAGAAUUUUUGGGUGAAUUAUAAAAGUAAAAUAAUUUGAUGGAUCCAAAUGCUAUUGUGAUGUAAAAUAUAGUUCCACUACUUCAUGGAUUUAUAUUCUACUAUGAAUAUUGUAAAGCUUAUGAUUUAGCUAGAAAAUUGUGUUGUUAACUUGAAACUUACCCUGGGUUUGAGUAAUUUUUGUAAGAUGUUAAAUAAUAAAAUUUAUUAAAAGGCCUUUCAUUAAAUGAUUACACUAUCAAGCCUGUUUAAAGAUUACCAAAGUAUGUACUUUUAUUCAAGGAUUUGUUAAAACAUACUAUGCCUUCUCAUCCAGAUUAUUAGAAUGUAAAAUUUUGUUUAGAAACAAUUGAAAAGAUUAAUGAUAAAAAUAAUAAUGAAAUGAACGCCUAAUUAAAACAAGCUAAACUUAUAGAAUUGUAUUAACAAUUUGGAAAUAUUUCAAAUUUGCAUAUUUUUGAACCUAACAUACAAUUCAUUUUUGAAGAUAUUUGUUCAACAUUUACCAACAAAAUAGAAUAAAGAAUUACAAUAUAUGCAUUUAAUAAUUUGCUAUUAUUUGCAAAAAAAAAUAAGUUUAAUACUUUAAAAUACAAAUAACAUAUUCCAAUUACAUAUUAAUCUUAUAUAAAAGAUAUACAAGAUUUAGUAAUUCUAAAGAAUUCUUUUGAAAUUAUCACUCGUAAUGAAACUAUUGUAAUAGUUAAUGGGGAUAGCAAUUCUAAAAAAAUAUUGAUGACCAAGAUUUAAAGUAUAAUUAAUUCAUAAAUUGAGUUGUUUCAAACAAAAAAUGAUAAAAAAUUAGAGAAUAAUAUUUGCAUUAAGGUAGAAGUUUUAGGUGUUGUAAUAGAUCUAAAAUUAAACAAGAAAGUUACUUUUUAUAAAACAAAUUUUGCAAUUAAUAAUAUUAAUAUCAAAAGCCAUAUAAGGUUUAAAUAAAUAAAAAGUCUAAUAUAAGUUGUCAAUAAAUAUGAUAGUAAACUUAAAAUUCCAAUUAUGCCAAGAAGUUUAUCAUCAAGAACCUAAAAAGCAAUUGAUGAAAGAAAGUUAAAAAUUGAGUAAUUAUUAUAAAUAGUUCUAAAUUCACCAUAUAUUAUUGAAAACUCUGAAUAUUAAAAAUAAGUGUUGGAAAUUUUAGAUAUAGAUUGCAGAUUUUAUAGUUUUCCUGAAUUAAAAAGAUAAAACCCAGAAUAGUUUUAGAGUAUACCAAUAAGAUAAAGUUAAAAAUAAUAGAUUAUCUCAUUGGAACUUCUACAAUAAUGUCUAGAAUAGAAUGUUUCUUAAAAUAUAAAUAAAGAUGAAUAAAUAGUAAAAAUUGGAAAUUAGGCAUCCUCUUUGCCAUUCUGUAUUGAAAUAAUAUUAUUAUCUGAACAAAAACUCUAAGUUGGAUUUUAAAAGAAUACAUUGACUUGGUUUAUAAAAAAGGCUGUUGCAAAUUAUAUGAAAUUAAACUAUUUUGUUGAUUUUAAAAUUUUUCUUGAAGAAACAGGAGGAACAUUGCGAGUAAUAGAAGAUGAUGAAAAGAUAUCAACUAUUUUAGAGAAAAGCAAAUCUAGAUUUUUUUAGACUUUAAAAAAUAUGUUUAAUUAUGGGACAAAAUUUCAAUUUAUUUUUCGAAAAUAUAUAUAUUUACCUUGGAAAUAGGAAGAAAUUGAAUAUCUAAAGGAUGAUAUUCGAUAGUAAUAAUUAAUGUUUGAAAUUGUAUUUUCAGCAAAAAAUGAAGAAUUCCAUUUAGGUUUCAAAGAUAUUUGUUUGAUUACUGCAUACUAUAUAAUUGCAACCAAGUAAAAAAUAAAUUAGAAUAUAUUGAAAAAAACAAUGUCAAGUUCUAUAAUUUAAUAACAUUCAAAGUAACUAUGGUUGGAAUAGAUUUAAAGAGAAUUAUCAGAAAUAGAAAUAAAACUUAUGGAAGUUUAAAGAUAAUAACAAUAGAUGUAAUAAAACAACAAUAAUAGAGAUGAGAAUAUUAAGAAUUUAUUAAAUUUAUUCAUAAGAAAUUUUUUUUAGAAUAAUUUUUUGUUUGGGAUGCAAUAAUUUUUUGUAGAAUGCUCAAAAGAAACAAUUUAAAUUUUAUAGUCAAAAGAUUUUGGAUUUUAAUUGAAGGCUCAAUUAUUUAUUGGUAUUAAAAUUUAUAAUAGAAGGAUUAAAUUAUAAUGGUUUACAUUUCAUAGAUACAAAAAGCCCAACUUUGCUAAAAAAGAUUGAUUAUGUUGAGAUAACAGAAAUAAAGUCUUUUCCUAUUGAGUUUACUUGUAAAAUAAAAGAUUACAAUUUAAAAUUUAAGUCUCAAGCGCCUUAUGAAGUAAGAUAUUCUUUUUAUGGCUUAGAUUAAACAUUUAAUUUUAGAGUAUUAGCAAAUAAGAGAAAUUCUAAAUUCUUGA